UUCGAGCUGGAUAGCCGGUGAUUGCGCGUCAGGCUGGUUGUCUUCUAUAUCUUUUGAAACAGCUCUCCAGUCUGCAACGAGUGUUCGGCGGGCUUGGACGAGGGGUCCUGGUGAGGUUCCUAUGGCCAAGGACCUUUUCCACUUGGCCAGACAAGAAUAGAAAAAAAUACCCCAAAUGACAUGUCAAUUGUAUGACAGUGUGAAAACGAAGAACGUGAUCGCGCAACAAUAGCAAAAAAAAAACAACGAGGUGGUGAAAAGGCGUCGUUGCCGAGAGAACGCCUACGCUGGCGGGAAAUCGAUAAACGACGUUUCCAAGCAAAGUGCGAGCAGACCGGAAGAGAAUAGGGUUAGGGGGAGAAAAGGAAGGUCUCUGCGUCGGUGGUGCGUUAUCGUUUUUUUCCUUUCUCUCUCUCUCUCUCCUUUUUUUUUUAGUCAUGGUCGAGCGCAGAGUUGGCAGUAGUUUGACAUCCCCUGCCAUGUUGAUCUAUCCACCCGGUGAUACCGCUCUGCUAUCACCCACCACCACCACCAUCUAGCCAGGUUCCCAGCCAAGUACUAACAGAGCUCUCCUACCAUUCCAUACCAACGACCCCGAAUCAUUGGUUGUCGCGUGCCAGUUUUCACCUGCGAGCCAGUCCGCUUCCACGCGAGUUUCUAGACGAGCCGCAACUCUCUUUCACGUCCUUCCGUUCUCUCUUACCACAUAUACAACACACAAGUGAGACUCUAAAGUGAGCGAAGAGUGAACGUCGCUUCAGACUGUCAGUCUCAUCUGACAGGUGUCCGUUUCACGAUCUUUGUUAUAGUGCUACAAUUUUUUUUAGCCUCUGCAACUUUUCCAUAUACAUCUUUUCCAAGAGAGAGAAAAAAGUGGAUUUAAGAGAAAAACAAAAGAAGAAAGAGGGUGAGAGAGUUGAGCAUGCUGCUCAUUUUCACACGACGAUGGCAAUUUUUAAAUGGAUUUAUCAAUCGCGAUUAUCAGUCUAGUAUCAUUAUUGGAUUUUAACUUGUGGAGUGGAUGAGCAAAAGCGUGAUCGCUCAAGUGGAAAAAAGGGGGAUAAGCGAAAGGAAAUGAUGUGUGGACGAAACAAACGCGAUGGGAAUGUGAGAGUGUGGAAAAUCUAGGGUCUUAUGGUUCAGUGUCCUGCGGUGUGAAAAAUAUUCAAGUUUUUUGGUUACCUAUAUAGACAUUUUUUCGGGUUAUAGCCGGAUAAAGUGAAAGUGAUCAAGUUCGGGUUUUUCUUUCGUUUCUGUGAGUGUGUUUGAGAAUCGUCCAAAAAAACUUACAUUUGCUGAUUGUUGACAUUGUUGUAGCAGGAUGCUCAACGCUAUGGUGACUUAGCAACGCCCGUCAGCGACCCCAAACCUCGAGGGCAAUCAACAAUCCGAUCACACUUUUCAUCCCGCGUAACGAUGAAGUGAAUUUAAAGAACCAAGGUCAUCAUCAUCAUCAUCAUCAUAAUCAUCAUGAAAGACCACGGGAGCGAGAACGCGACAGAGGUGCCCGUCAGGGCACUCAAGUCCCUACUGAAGAAACCUGGUCAGUCGAAGGCCAAGGGCCAUAAAAACCGUGUGGUAAUCAACGAGAAACUGAACGAGUUUUUCGCUGCGGAUUAUAUUAUCCUGAUUAAGGAGGAAUGCUGCACGGACUACGAGGAGGAGUGCGAUUGUUGUUGUCAAGAGCAUGAAAUGAUUAGACUUGGAAAUUGUAAAGAGUGCAGGGCUGAGCUUAAUCUUCAUUUUGGUGGUGACGGAAGAUUUGGAGAUGGUUGCGAGGAUGAUGUACAAGUUCAAAGGGAACAAGUGUUUGGUAGUGAGGAGUCACUUGGCGAAGAGGAGGAGGAGGAAAAUGAUGAUGACGAGGAGGAUGUGGAGGAGGAGGAGGAGAAUGAAGAGGGCGAGGAAGAUGAACCUGAGGUGAUCAGAGAAGUGACAUUAGAUGAAAAGAGAAACCUCGUCGUCGCCGCUCCCCAACGGAGUCAACACCAACAACGGGAGACACUGAGCCCACCCGAGGGUUACAAGGACUUGUGCGUGGAAAACGAGAUGGGGAAGGAGUCUGAACAUCGACUUGAGUCAGUGUGCGCCGAGUGCAACUACUACCAAAGGGCGACAGAAGCCGAAGAAUGUGUCGAAGAACAAGUGGAGGAUUUGAAAAAUGCUCAGGAAACGUCAAGACAUUUAGAAGAUGGAAGCUUACAGCCAACUAUAGAUCAAGCCCAACAAACAACUCCAGAUCUUCAUCAGCGUUAUCUCGUCGAAACGAUAACGAUGACGACGGUGACGGAGCGUCGAAUUGUCCGUGAAAUCAGCGAGGAGGAAACACAGCCAUUGGACGAAAUUGAUUCCAAUAAUGAGAAGGAUGGUUCAAAACUUGAAUUCACCAUUUGUCCACCGCCAGACGCUAAGGAUAUUUUAAGUGAUGAUGUAAAUAAUAAAUCGCUAGAGACUAUGGCAAAAAUCGAUAAACGUAACUCGAAGGAAAUUUCUGAAGCAUCCGAUCUUUCUCUGAGCUUUAAGUUAAGCACUUCACUCGCAACCAACAGCCUUAAGCCAAAUUCCGCUGUACGUCAACUUUUCCCCGACCCAAGAUUCAUAUCUCCACCCCCAGCGCCAACAAAGAACAUAUCUCUUUCGGACGUUGACGAUGAGGAUGAGCAUUCAGAGGCUCAGAAAUUCCUCAUCACCACUGAAAGCCUACGUCUUUUCGACGCUGUCAAGAGGACCAAAAUUGCCGGCAACCGAAGUGAUUCAUCUGAAAGUGAAUCUUCCAGUAUCAAGAGGACAAUUGAGAGGAAUGCCCUCAGGAGGAGUCUUAUUUCCAAAUACGAGAGUGGCUCGAAGAAGAAAAAUUUACGAAGUAAGGAUUUGACGCUCGAGGAGAGAAUACGACAGUUGACGUGUGUCGAUCAGGACGAGGAUACGGGCGACAGUAAUUCGUCGGAGAGUGGAAGGACCGUUGAGGGUUGUGAUCAGAAUAAUGAAUUGCCAGCGCGAACAUCGCCUUCAGGUGAGGAGCGGCCGAAAAAUGAUCGCGUACCACGUACACUUAUUCUGGACCAGGAACUAAAUCACACACCGUCUUAUCAGAAUGCGAAUCAUCAUCAUCAUCAGCAAUCGACUUACAAGAAAAUUACAGAUCUUUUUGGUCAGAAGAAGACAGUCGAAAUGAAUCUCCCGGACAUUGGGCUUGGCAACAGAAUCAGCAUGGGCAAGGAAUACAUUUCAAAGUCGACAAUUUCAAAAAUGAAUUCCGACGCUAGAAAACAAUUUCUAGCGAGUCUCGCUCCACUCUCGUGUGUCGCAUCGACCGGCGAGGGAAAGGACGACUACUACCGAAUUUCGUCGAAAAUCACAGGUAGCAAUAGAGACUCGGUGGGUUAUAAUUCGGACUCUUCGUACAGUCUGGAGGAUAUUGAGGCCGCCCUGAGGGGCGAGGAGAGAAAUUACCGAAAUGCAGGUCCUCCGGAUGUGACGAGGGGAACGCCGACGAGCAUUGGACCCGAUUCGGGAGACGCGAGCGAUGAAUUGAUGGCUUUUGUGGAGCAGGACAAGACGAGGACUGAGAGGAUCAAGAGACGGUAUAAUGAUGUCGAUGAACGUCACGAGGGAACCUCGGUCGACGGCGACGUCAAGGAGAAUGGAAAGGAUAAGAAGGGCUGCGUCGACGAUGACGAGGACGACGAACUCAACGAUUAUGGUUUCAAUAGAAGACCUGCGGUCAGGGGAAUUAAACCUCAAUUCGGAACGACGGAGGAGAUCGUUCAGCAAUUGAGGACACGAAGCGUUGCUGCCACAUCGCAUCCGGAUCGAACGUCACUGCCGCCACACUGGACGUUCUAUGACAAUAGCACUGACAACAACGGCGAGAAGCAAGAGUCAUUCGUUGAUGAUGCGUCUUCGGAAACUUACAAGACAGUGUUCAAUGGCGAGAAUAGUGGAAAUCACACGAUCAACAGGAUAAAUAAUAUGCAGAGGCAGAUUGAUGAUAUUUAUCAAACAAUUGCUGACACUUCGGUAAACGUUCAAGCUUUGGAACGCUCGUACGUCGAUGGCAAUACUCUGCCGAGAACAAUGGUUCACGUCGCAGUGGGCGACAAUCAUCGUUACGUGGAUCAGAAAAAUGGAGUUCACUUCCAGGAUCAAAUGUCAGGUCACAGAAUGGUUCGAGUUGCCGGAGCCGAUGUAGUUCCAAACUCCGGCUACAAUAGUCUUCCCAGUAAGUCGCGACGCCAUCCAGUAGGUUUCACUAAUUACUCAUGUAGUGCUGCCGUGCCAACUUCCAAUCCCAAGUGUUACCGAACCAUGUACCUCGUCCCCUACAAUGGAAUAACGGAUCCAGCUUAUCAAAAUCUUCAAAGGAUUCUCCCGGCGCACUCGACGCCCACCAACUACGCGAAUCACAUCGACCGCUAUCCCUAUCCAAGGAAUCGCAUCGAUCAACAGCAGCAGCAGCAGCUGCAACAGCAGCCACGCUAUUACGUCCGGCCUAAUAAUCCCCCAACUUCGAAUCUCUCAGGUCUUCACUCUCAGCCCCAGUUGCAUCUUCAUUUACACCAGUCGGACGAAAUUCACGUCGCGAGUCCGCCAGUCGCUCUCAAUCACACAGUGCAAACGAUACACCAUCAGCACCAUCAAGUCGCUUCCUACAGCGGUCAACCGGUGCCAUCCUACACUGUCAUCGCUCCACCUCGACCCACUGCUCCCUAUUCCCAUCAAGUUCAUUUGUCCCGAAGUGCAAGUGACGUACAAACCCAAACAGUCUCCGUACCAACCGCUGUCGGCGUCAUCGGCGGCGGCGGUGGCGGCUCAACCCUCACCACAUUCACUGGAAGCACUCAAAUACUCGGCACCAUGACAUCAUCAACAAUUCUAGCCUCGCCCACUAAACUCCAACAACAUCAAAGGAAUAAUCCUUGCACUGUCGCUGAACGCGGAGUCCCCGAGGGGGCCGCCAGUGCACCAGCUCAGGAUUUCAAUCAAACGAGUUCCACUAAUUCGAGCCAUGCAGUUACGAACUCGUUUAUAGGUCAUCCCAAUAACGUGCCUCCACCCAACACACAGAACUCUGUAUACUACGCGAUGAACGUGUAAACGGAUUACUUGGAGGGAUUCACCUUAUACGGCUAAUUAAGUCGAGGAAUUAGAGUUUCGCUUUAUCAGGCGGAGUGGCGGAGAAACAAAAAAAAAAAAAAAAGAAACUCGCGGCAAGGAUUGUAAAAGUUAGAAAUAGUAAAACGAAACAUGGAAAUGUGGUUACAUCGUUAAUUUUGGAUGGAACCCACAAGUUGUAGUCUGCAAUUGCUUGCUGUGGCCGCGCCAAUAAGCAAAUGGGGUCAUGUACAAGUUACAUGUGCGUGCUCUUCGUUUGCACUGUUUCCCACGAGUAUUCGAGUUUACCACUAAGUAAAGUGGAUUAUUAGUUGUGGCCGCGUUUGGCUUAUUUUUUUUUUUCUUUUAUACGUACAUAGUUGCACCCAAAGUGGGCUUUUUUUUAAGAAAGAAAAAUUGUGUGACUCAGCUGCAAAACGCUCAGGACUUGCAAAAAGUGUACCAAAGGUAUUUUUCUCUUCUGGCUUUUAUAGAUUUUCUAUUAUCUGGCUAUUUUUUUUUUAAUAACGCCCUGUCCGUUAUCAUUUGAUGGCGAUUUCUUUUUAAACUUCUUGAUCUUGUCGCUGGUUUGAUUAUUAAUUCAGGGUGACUAUUAAUAUUUUUCUUAAAAUAUUUUCCCCUGAUCUUUUUUCCCUGAUAUUUUUCCAGGAAAAAAUAAGUGAAAGUAAAAUUGGUAAAGGGAAUCAGGGAAAAGACAUGGAAUUUUAUCAAAAUAACUGGAAAAAUAUUUAAUUUUUAGAAUUCGGAUUUUGCGUUUCCAGCAGCCUUUGAAAAUAUUAAUGAGAUUUAUUUCUUCUGGAACAUUUUUUGUUUACCUUAUUAAAUUCAAAAUUAUCACGAAUUUUAAUAAAAAAAAAUUAAAUUUUUUCUAUUGCUGACAAUUAUUUAUUUUAAAUAAUUUAAUUCUUGAAGA